AAGCAGUUACCAUGACAACAAGAAUCUGUCGUUUUAAAUCUAAAACAGCCAAGUUUGAGGCUCCAGUGUUGGUAUCCAUGUGAUAAAGAGAAAGGUCAGAAGCUAAUCCAGCAGCAGAUGCUACAGGCAGGCUCAGAGAUGGCAUCACCAGAACAGCCAGAUUUGAAAGGGAAGGAGUCAAAACAUGGAGAGUUUAAAGAGCAGGACAGAAAUAGGCUGUCCGCAAGAGCAGAGAAGGUGUUACGUCUGCUGGUUAAAGAGGAGGAGGAAAAUGAGCAGAAGAUGAAGGACACAUCUCUCCCUACUAAAGAUCUCAGCGGCAUCAAGAUGCCUGUCUUUAAACAAAACACUUUCAAGGAAGGCAGCAAAAAGAUGCAGCUCUUAAUGGCAGAGAAGACAGUUGAGCUAAAGUGUGAUAUGAAGAUGAUGAGGACAGAGCUUAGGAAAAUCAAAAAGGCCAUUACUGUGCAGGAGUGUGAGGUGGAAAGGCUUGAAGAUGUCCAAGCACACAAUAAUCAUUGUUUGGAAGAGCUCUGCAAGUUGGCUGAGAAGCAAGCCGUAGAUGCCCAAAGUCUUCUUUUAAAAGAAAUCAAGUCCAAACAGGAAAUGAACGAUGAGAUUGAGAAGUUGACCGAUAAAACAGGCAUAUUAAAAAGUGAAAUCGCUGAGCUUGAGAAGGAUCUGAAUAAAUAUAAGCAGUACAGGAGAAUUCUGUUCACACUGUCUCCUCCAGAGGGGCAGGAAGCCCAGCAAGCAGAGACUUUAAGAGCUAAAGUUUUGCCUAAGAGUGCAGAAGGUCUGGAGAGAUUUGUGGACUCUAGUCCAGAUACAGUGCUGCCUUCAACCAGUGAGUCUGCGCUGUCCUCAGAUCACAGUGACACACUGGUCAAAAAUUCAAAGCUGGAUGGAGACAGCACAAUCUAUAAGGAAAAUCUGGAGCUAUAUUUCUCUGAUCCGCAGCAUGGAGUGGACCAGCUGUUGGAGCUGAAAGACCAGGUACUGGUUCUGUGCGAGAAUCUCUCCAGGGUGGAUAAGACAAUGGAGAAGACUCUUGAGAUCACCGAGAAGAAAAUAAAAAAGGAUGAAGAGAAGCUAACCAAGCAGUUGGAAGACAUGGAGCACAGAAUUAACUUCGAAAAGAAGCAAGUGGCCAUGCUCACAAAGAAAGUUCAAAUCCAUGAGUCAUUAAAGACAGAUGACGAGGAUAUUAUGUUGCAUGCUCUGGCAAGGAAGGUGACUGAAGUGUAUUCCUCAUGUGUCAAUAAUCAGCUGACCAAGCUGAGCACUUUGGAAAAACUGUCUAGUAUUGAGCGCCAGAUGUUUCUGCUGCAAGAGGAAGCUGACAGCAUCCCAGAAAAAACACUGAAUGAACUGAGGCACAGCAAGAACAGUGAGAGGAAGGACAGACAGCAAGAGGAAAAACGUAAACUGGAGAUGGAGAAAAACAGAGAAAAGCUAAAGAAGUACAUGCAAAGAUCAAUGGAUGAAGCCAAAAAACCAUCUGGACGGAAGCUCAUGCCCAGAUGCUUUCCAGUCAAGCAGAAGAUUGAAGUGGUUGAUGAGGACACUGACCCUGCAGAGGAUGACGUCCAUGCUCGCCUCUUCUGUGAGGCCUCAGAUUAAAAAGAAAUAAAAAUGCA